CUCAGCCCCCGAGUCAGUCAGGCAUGCAGUGAUGUCGCGACACUGACACUAGAACUGGUGGGGUUAUGUAUCCACCCAAACAUUACCGAAAAAAAUGAUCCUAAGGAGUUUCCAGAGUCAAUGGAUGCUGGGAAUACUGCUAGUUGUUGUUAUUAUAUAUUUUAAGUUAAAGAUACACUCGUUGGAGGAGCAGAACAAGUUGUUGGUGGAAACUGUGACGAGGGUUCAGAAUCAACUGAAGAAUGGUGCUGGUGGAGCUGAGAAAUCAAGAAAAUUAUCAAAAUCAAAUGACGUUGUCGUGAUAUACAAUAGGGUCCCCAAAACUGGAUCUACCAGCUUUGUUGGUGUUGUUUAUGACCUGUGUAAACAGAAUAAGUUUCAUACUCUGCAUAUUAAUGUGACUAAUAAUAUGCACACGCUGACUCUUCCUAAUCAGGUGCAAUUUGUAAAUAAUGUUACCCAGUGGGAUUCUAUGAAACCGGCGUUCUACCAUGGACACAUGGCUUUUGUAAAUUUUAAUAAAUUCGGGGUAAAGCAAACUCCCUUAUACAUAAAUCUUCUUCGGAAGCCCCUGGACAGGUUUGUCUCUUAUUAUUAUUUUCUCCGAUACGGUGACAACUUCCGACCACAUCUCAUGAGAAAAAAACAUGGGGAUACAAAAACCUUUGACGAGUGUGUGAGAGAUUCACAAGCUGACUGUGAUCCUAACAAUCUGUGGCUGCAGAUACCUUUUUUAUGCGGCCAUAAUCCUGCUUGUUGGGAAGUUGGGAACAAAUGGGCUUUGGAGGAGGCUAAAAGAAACUUAGAGAAACAUUAUUUAUUGGUUGGAGUUACGGAGGAGCUGGGUGAAUUCAUUGAGACACUACAGGUUGUACUUCCACGAUUUUUCAAAGGGGCUUCAGACUACUUUCUCCACAGCAACAAGUCGCAUCUGCGACAAACAACUCAGAAGAUGAAUCCACUUCCAGAGACAAUAGAAAAAAUUGAAAAUUCAACUGUAUGGAAAAUGGAGAAUGAACUUUACAAAUUCGCCCUGUCUCACUUCCAUGCUGUUAAAAAACGAUUAAUCAAUGCUUCCCCACAAGACUUGAAUCAACAUUUUAUGUACGAAAAAAUACGACCAAAAUAAAAAACUAACAAUACUUUUUCGAUA